AUGGCAUCUGCAAGUACAGGCGAAGAAUGUUUUAAGAUCUCCCAGAUGAAGCUGGAAGAAUUGAAAGAAGAAGCUGACAAGCUGAAAAUUGACAUCUCAGGCCUGAAAAAGAAGGAAGAAAUUAGCAUUAAGCUUAUGAACGAGAUCCUCCAGGGAAAAUCAGAAGCUCAGCCAAAAGAUUUAUCCUUAUCUCAAGCUGUGGAAAUGCUGACACAAGUAUUAGGCCGAGUGGUUAGGCCGCAAGAACCAAGGACAAAGAAUUUAGGAUUAAAGAAAAUGAAGGACUCUGAUGAGCUGGAAGCAUUCUUAAAAGUAUUUGAAGUGCAAGCGCGAGCUGCAGAAUUACCUGAAGAACAUUGGGGAAUCUCGCUGGGAGGAUACUUGUCAGGAAAGGCCUUGUCAGAAUACGCGAAAUUAGAGGUACAAUUGUAUAGGUGCUAG